UAUAAUGAUCAAGUUGCGUUUGUCGUUUCAUAAAAUAAAAAUUAUAUUUCGCUUUCCACAAAAACAUUGAAGUUAUUUUGAAAAGAAAUUUCUAUACUAAAAAAAAAAAGAAAUAAAACAAACAGAAUUGAAAAUAUUUACUUAAUAAUCAAUAAAAGCAAAAAGUAAAUUAAAUUAAAAUUUAAUAGAUUACCAAAACAAAGAAACUUUGUUGUCUGCAAUUCUUUCAUUCAAUAUUGUCAAAUGAAAAUAUUCUAUUCUUUUGAUUUAUUAUAAAAAAAAUUGUUUUAAAAAUCCAUUUGAAUUGUUUUCCAAGACAAGUCGGAAAAAUUCUUGAUUAUAGUACAAACAAAAAUCAGAUUUAAACAAAAAAUGGGUCGCAUUUUCUUGGAACACUUGGGUGGCCAUAAACUAUUCAAUUGUGGACAAUGCAAUGCCAAUUUAACCAAUAAAACUCAAUUGAUUAGCACACGAUUUACUGGAGCCACUGGACGUGCCUAUCUCUUCAAAAGAGUAGUUAAUCUAACCUUCAGUCAUGUCCAGGAACGCGUUAUGUUGACUGGCAGACAUAUGGUCCGCGAUGUUAUGUGCAAAAACUGUGCCCACAAACUUGGUUGGAUGUAUGAAUUUGCCACCGACAAUUCUCAAAAAUACAAAGAAGGACGUGUUAUCCUCGAGUACGCCCUCAUAACAGAGUCUGAAGGAAUUCCAUCUGACGCUGGCAUAAGAGACUAACUGCCUACCUUACAUCAUUUUUAUGUCUUUGCUCUUCUUUUCUUAGUUUUUAAAUUAACAACAAUUUAUAAUAAUUAAUUAAAUUUGUGUAUUUUAUUUUGACUUUUGAAAUAAAACUAACAGUUCAUUUUA